AUGUCGAGUACCAGCACAACCUCGGGCGUCAUGCGCUCACUGCGCCAUCUCAACAAACCAAUCAAGGGCACAAAGUUCGCCGUCAGAGCGCCUUCGCAUGCCGCACACCGUCCCAAGUUCGUUCAGCCCAAGGAUCGCGUGCCCUUCUGGAACAUUGUUCCGGGUGAUCAUGUCAAGCUCAGGUGUGGCCGAGUAGGUCAGAAGGAAGGUCUCGACUCGAAUGAAAAGAUCCGCGGCGAGGGAAUUGUGACCAGCAUCGACAGGCAAAAGAACUGGAUCUGGCUCAGAGACGUCGACGACAACAACAAGCUCGCACCAAAAGUCCUUCGCCACAUUGUUCCUCGCUUUGUCGACCCACUCGACCCAGAAAAGGGCUACGGACCCAACACUACCGAGAUCCCUCGUCCUGUGCACUACUCGAACGUCAUGCUCAAAAUUCCUGGCUCGGAUCAGUACGCGGUCCGCCUUUCGCGCUCAGCAGCAAAGUACGACAGACGCAAGGGCAUGUACAUGUGGAAGCGAUUUGCAACCAUCAAAGCCUCCGACGAGAAGUUUUCCGAGACCGGCAAGGCUUUCGAAAAGGUCGAGGUUCCCUGGCCAAGUCUGCCUGGCAAGCGCAGACAUCUGGACACCACCAUGAGCGAUCGAAAUGUCGUCGAGGGUGAGUCGUGGGCUCCAUGGAGGCCUGAGGACCCUGUUUUGCUGCCGGAGCGCAAAGGCGUCACAUCACCACAGUCCGAACGUCGAGCAGCGCUUCUCACUCUCGAGCGCAAGCAGCUUGAUGCAGAGAAGCAUGCCGGUCCCUCCGCCGCUCCUGAAGACGCUUUUGGCACCUACGCUGGUUUUGCACAAAAGUCUCGCGUCAAGCCACCUCCCAUCGCUCAACCUCCGACACCAGCAGAGACCGUUCGCGGUCGCACGGAUGCCGCUUCGGAAUGGGCCAGCGGCGACGCCAUCGAAGCACAUCGUCGCGAGGGUGGUCUUUCGUUCCUGUGGCGUGACUACCUUGACGUUGCCCCACAACAGGGCCCUGCCAGCGGAGGUAACUGGGGCGAAUUGCCGCCUACCACGACUAAGGGCGGGCUCGAUGCACGCAGGAGCAAGCGCGAUGGCCGUCUCACCGACGGUGUGAGUCGGAACGACGUCGACCGCAUGCCCAUCGAGCUGCUCAUGGCCAAGGAUCUGACCAACGAGCGUGGUCUCAAGUGGAGGAUGAGGAGGUGGAAGGACAAGCAGGUCGAGAACCAACAGGAUGCACUCGAGAUGCAGCGUUCGAGAUCCGAGCUGCUCAAGGAGUUGGACGCUCUCAAGAUCUAG